UUUAAACAGUCGCCCGAUGCCGUUCAAUGCGAGAGGUUGUGUCGCGAAUGAAAACUUUGAAGUUUAAAUCUCGUGUUUAUUCGAUUCGUGAAAGUUUUAUUUUUAGCUAAAUACAACUUAAGUGUAUCAAAGUAAAAUGCAUUUUGUGUAAUACAAUUUUUUUGGUUCAGAAUUCGGAGUGUAGAGUGCAAGUGUACAUUUGUUGAAAACAUUUUCGAUCAAGUUCUUGUUGGUCUUGCUUUGAAUCAACGAGGCGUGUGAAAAUUGUGAACCAAAUAAUAUUAAAUUCGAAAUUAAAUCGCGUGCAGUUCUCGCAUGACAGUCAAAAUGUUGCCAAGAAAAAGGAAUAUCAUCUUCGCGCUGCUCGUUUUGGUUCCGUUUUCUGAACAGUACAGUUCCGGAGCUCCUCCUGGAGCCUGCGAAGAUCAGCUGCCUCGUCACGAAUCUAUUGUACCACAAUCGUCGGCGCCUCCAUACUUAAUACUGACGUCCAGUGCUCAAGUCAGGCAAGGCGACACGCUCAACGUCACCAUCGGAAGUCCCGCCGGCGCCCCUGUGCCUAUCGGUGGGUUCUUGCUCCAAGCUAGAGAAAUACAGAAUCCAGAUGCGAUUGUCGGUAAAUUUGUCUCGGUUCCCGCCACUGAAACGCACGUGACGACAUGCGCCAAGCCGAAUGAUACGGUCACGCAUUCGUCACCCGCGGACAAAGGAGCUUUAUCGUUCCGGUGGCAAGCCCCAACUGAUUUCUUAGGAGGCGUUGAAUUCAGAGCGACCGUAGCACAGAGCUACGCCACAUUCUGGAAGGGCGUCGAAUCUCCCCUAGUCGAAGUGGUCACUCCGAACACGGAAAUCACGACGCAAAUGGCACAAUCUACUUCUACAACUACCGCUCGUGCACCGCCUGUGAUUAUGGAAAAUAAGCCGAAGCUAACGACCCAAAAACUAGACGAAAUCUACCAAGGCUGUGCCGACACUAAACUGUGUUUUGGCGUACCCCAAAACUGCAUAGAGAAAGGCGAUUGCAAAGCCAUUGUGGCCGUAUUCGUCGCGGGAGACGUUUACACAUUCGAAGUCCAAGGCACUGGGAAUCCGAAAUACGUGGCGGCUGCUCUGAGUUUGGACACUAAAAUGGGCGACGACAGCGCUAUGGAGUGCGUCAGGAACAACAAUGGCAUCAUUAAUUUAUACACCUCCUGGACAUACCCGAAAGUGGAGCCCUAUGUUAAUAGAUCAGAUUCUCCACAAGAUAUAGUGCAGUUGCUCCAAUCUUCGACGAUCGAUGGAAAACUUUAUUGUAAGUUCACGAGAGACGCGGUCUCGACUGUCAAGGGAAUAAAGUUUGAUCUGAUGAACAAAAAAUACAAUCUGAUGAUUGUCUCCGGUGACGGCAUGAAAGAUCCAGAACGCGUAGGCUUCCAUACGAUAGCUUAUGAAUCAUCAGGCGAACCGUUGGCGCUGUCCAGUGUCGGAACAGCGGCUGGCGCUUCCAAACUGUUGCUCAAACUGCACGGCUGCUUCAUGGUGGCCGCCUGGCUGGGAGCCUCGUCCCUGGGAAUCAUACUGGCCAGGUACUACAGGCAGACCUGGGUGGGAAGGCAGCUCGGCGGGAAGGACAUAUGGUUUGCCUAUCAUCGUAUCUUCAUGAUGACCACGUGGCUGCUGACAAUGGCCGGUUUCGUCCUGAUCCUAAUUGAGGCUAGAGGCUGGUCCGACACCGGAGACAACCCUCACGCCAUCACCGGGAUCAUAACGGUUGUUCUCUGCUUCUUACAGCCCAUUGGUGCAUUCUUCAGACCUCACCCCGGUACUAAUAAGAGGAUCUACUUCAACUGGACGCAUUGGCUCGCCGGGAAUACGGCUCACAUCUUGGGCAUUGUAACAAUAUUCUUCGCGGUGUACCUCCAAAAGGCGGAAUUACCGGCGUGGACCACCUUCGUCCUGGCAGCCUUCGUGGCAUUCCACGUGGUCAUGCACCUCGUACUAACGUUGACAGCCUGUGUAUCGGACGGCAGUAUAGGUUCUGCGCGAGUCAACGCCUUCCCUAUGAAAGACAUGCUCGGUGGCACCCGACCCACGCAGAUAGAUCGGACUGGAGAUGCACCGUAUUCCGGCUUCAGAAGAUUACUUUUAGGUAUAUACGGGCCCGUUGUACUGCUGUUCGCGCUGGCUGUCGUAUGUCUGGUAGCUUUGGCGCCAAUCACAGAAACUUAUAACAAUAUUAUGGGAGCCUAAUUAUGCAUCAUAAUUAUAUAAGAAGGAAACCUAAAUUAUUUUAAAUAUUAUGAAGAAGAAAAAAACCCUUUACUAUCGUUAAAACAAUGUAUGCGAUUAUUACAUUCACAUGACUACACAAAAACAACCACAAUUUCUUUAGAGUUGCCGUGAAUAUUUAAAGUAUUAAGUAUUCCAAAAUAUGUUUUUUUAUAAUCUGUAUCCAAAUGUAGAUUUGAAAUAAAUAUGUACCUAUACUAUUUAAGGUAAUUGUUAGGGGUGGUAUUUAUUAAAACCAAUAUACUUAGGUUUAGUGAAUAAUAUUAUUAAUUGUAUAAUAAUUGUUUAAUUAGAGGUAUAAUCUAAAACGGCUAAUAAGGUAAAUAUGUAGAUGUAAGUGUUUAAUGUUUUUGACAAGGAAUACUCCAGCAAAGCUAAUAUUAGUGUUUAAUUCGUUUAGCACACGCGAGCUUCGAUGUCAGUAUUCAUGCUGGUGGUAGGACCUCUUGUGAGUCCGCACGGGUAGGUACCACCGCCCUGCCUAUUUCUGCCGUGAAGCAGUAAUGCGUUUCGGUUUAAAGGGUGGGGCAGCCGUUGUAACUAUACUGAGACCUUAUAACUUAUAUCUCAAGGUGGGUGGCGGCAUUUACGUUGUAGAUGUCUAUGGGCUCCGGUAACCACUUAACACCAGGUGGGUCGUGAGCUCGUCCACCCACCUAAGCAAUAAAAGAUUUCUUUUUAAAUGCACUUUCUAUGGUAUAAUUAUAAUUAUGGUAAACAAUUACAAUCUUCAAUGUUUUUGAACUGUUAUUAGUAUAGGUUUACAUUGAUACCGUCCAUUUAUAAUAACAUAAUUUUAAUAUUCAAUCGAAAAUGUAUAUUGCCUGUGUGCUUAGUGCGAGUUUUUUAACGUUCUCGAUAGCGUGAAAGUUAACUAAAAUUUGUAUGCAGUUGAAACAACGCCCCUAGCGGCAAACGUAGGCAAACGUUCCAACUCCACACAAAUUGGAGUUAACUUUAACGCUUUCGAGAACGUUAAAAAACUCGCACUAAGCACACUGAGCAUUUUGUUGACUUAUCAAUCAAUCAAUACACUGACAGUACGGGCGAAGCCACUAGUAAUAGUACUACUAUAUAUUUAAGUUUUUUUGUAAGCCCGCAUCCGUUCAUAUUUGUAAGGCAUUGACGUUGACCUGUGUAUGGCUUUGGUUCUCUGAUCUUCUCAGUCCAAAAUUGUAUUUCAAUGAACGAAUUUUCUCACGGCAUUGUUUAAGCCACACUAGUUAUUUAUAGUUAGAUAUUAAACACGCUGCUAAAAGCUUAGUAUUUUUAAUUAUAUGCCUGUUUGUAACAGAAUCUUUGAACGUCAUGUUCAAGACGUCCGAUUACGUAACGCAAUGCAAAAUUUUUAAUAACUUCGUUCUAAUGUCCUGUUCAGUAGCAACAGGACUAUUAAAGUGUGUUUUUAUUUUUACUUUUAACCUACAUAGUGUAGCGUGAUUAUCUCAUCUCUGCUUUGCUUAUUACUUCUUUUGUUUUCCUUAUAUAAUAAUAUUAUAUAACCUAUAAUUCUAACUUAACCUGAUAACCUAUAAUCCCAUUUGUGAAUUUUUUUAGGGAUUAUCUUUGUCGGGUUAUUCAAUUGCACUCCCUUCCCCAACGUCUAUCCGAAAGCUAAUAUAUUAUUAUAUACAUGAAGUCUUCAAGAAGAGAUUCAUUGAUAAUUCAAACAAUCGCAACAGAAUUUAAUAAAAUCGUUUAGUUUGUAGAUAAAAGAUUUUUAAUGUAAAUAUAGUUGAAUAAUAAAUUUAAAACUAAAAGUU